AUGGCUACUUCUCUUGUUUGUGGAAUCGAUUUGGGAACAAGUAAUUCACUUUGUGCUGUAAGUUAUGGUAGCACUCAGGAGCUUGUCAAUAUUGGAAGUUCAAAGACAGCAAUAUCAUCUACAGUCCAGUACGACAACAGUGGAGCUAUUUUUGUGGGUGUUGAAGGAGGCGCAAAAGAUUCUGUCACCAUUCGGUUUGCAAAACGAAUAAUUGGUACGCCUGUGAAUGAAAUGGGUGAACUAGCCAAACUUUCGUAUGGUAGCGAAAUUGUGGAGCUGGCUGAUCAUUACGCUGGCUUUUUAAUCAGACGCCAUGGCAAAGAAGAAAGGAUUGGACCAGUCGAUGUAGAAGCGGAAAUAUUAAAAGAGAUUCGCCAUCACGUUAACAAGAAGCUCUCUACAGUCGUGGUUGGUGUCCCUGCCAAGUUUAACCAACUUCAACGAGAGUGUACUCUUGCAGCUUGUCGCAAAGUCUUUGAGGCGCCUAUCAAUGUAAAAUUGCUUGAUGAGCCUGUUGCUGCUAUUAUUCAUUAUUUCGAAAGUAACAGAAAUUUCGAGCCAGGGCUUUAUUUGGUAUACGACUUUGGAUCAGGAACUUUUGAUCUUACUUUAGUGAAAUAUGAAAAAGUAGAUACUUAUGACAUUAAGGAAAGAGAUGGAGAUGACAAGUUAGGGGGCACAGAUAUUGACCAAGCACUAUUGGAAUAUGUUUAUAUGAUAUCAAGGAAUAAAUAUCACUUUGAUUUGGAAGAGAUGAUAAACAAAAGCGAAAAGAUGAAAGCGGUACUACUUAAACGAUGUGAGGAGAUGAAAAUGAUCAUUGCAGCACGUGGUCAAGGCUCAAUUGAUAUCACUGAAUUCAUACCAGAAGAAAACAGACCUGUUGCUGCUACUGAUGAUGAUGAUGAAGUAUCCAUUACGAUAGAUAAACCAACAUUUAAUGCUCUUAUUCAGAAAAUUGUGGAUAAAACUACUAAUAUGAUUGACAAGUUGCUCGAGAAAUACAAUAAGGAUAACAUUAAGGCCAUUAUUUUGGUUGGAGGAACAACCUCCAUCCCUCUCAUUUCCGAAACUCUUAGGAAAAAAUAUCAAAUAAAUAUAAAUGAAAAUAUAAGCAAAACGGAUUGCGUGGCAAAAGGCGCCUGCAUUUAUGCUGGGAAAGAAGGGAAUUUAGAGCCAUCUUCCUCUGGAGUGUCUGCAAUCGAAGUCAAGACUACAUCAAAGUGUUCAUUUGGAGUUGCAGUGUUGGGAGGGAAGAUUUGCCCACUCAUCGACCGAGGAGAACAACUUCCCUGCAAGAAGAGCAAACUGUUCACUACGACAGAGGAUGAUCAGCAACUGAUUUCUACAGCGAUUUAUGAGGGAGAAGGAGAUUUUCAAAAGAAUUGCCGACUUAUCAAAACUAUCAAAUUCGAUGGAAUAAAGAAGGCUAGGAAAGGAGUUCCGCGUAUCCAAAUUACAUAUGAGGUUGAUGCAUUUUAUAACUUGACAGUUACUUGCAGUGAGAUGAUAAACGAGACGCAGUUCAAACCCUAUAUAAGUGAAACGUUGACUGUAUCAACUGAAUAA